AUGGCCAUUGGACCGACCCUUGGCACUGGCUUGUUUCUCGCCGGCGGCCAAGCGUUGGCUGUUGGCGGGCCGGCCUCACUACUCGUUUCUUACAUAUUCUUAUCGCUUCUGGUUUAUUUCAUGGCCACCAGUGUCGCAGAAGUUGCUACCUACAAACCCUCUCGCCAUGGCACGGUCGUCAUGCAUGGCUUCCAGUACAUGAACAACAGCUUGGGGUUCGCCACCGCCUGUCUACGCUGGUAUACCAUGGCCAUGUUCGUCCCAUACGAGAUCACGACAGCGAUGGUCAAUCUUGGGCUGUGGAACCCUGGCUCCAACAUUGCCGUCUGGCUUAUAUUGUGCACUGGCAUCAUCGUCGGUUUAAACUUUCUCCCCGAUCGACUGUUUAAAAGAGCCGAAACUGUCUUCUAUCGGAUCAAAAUCGGCACAUUGGCUUGUCUUCUUGCCCUUUCUCUAUCCAUCGCUCUUGGGGGUGCCACUGGCCAUGACCAUUGGGGAUUUCAAUACUGGAAAAAGCCCGGGGCUAUGCACGAGUACCUCGCUCAUGGAUCAGUGGGUAAAUUUCUGGGGUUAUUACAAUCUGUUCAUCUCAGCACCGCCGCGUUUACCUUCGCACCUGAGUUGAUUGUGCAACGAGCCGAGCAGCGGGAAGUUGAUGAGAAGCCCGAGAUAUCCGAAAGCGUACAGCCAGCGGCAAACUCCAACAUACCGAGACGAGUUUCCGGAGACAUCUGCCAGACUGUUGUUCCGUACAUCCUGACAUCCUUGGCAAUGGGCACCAUGGCUCCCUACAACAAUCCUCUCCUCACCAACGGUGGAGCUGGAGCUGGCUUGUCCCCCUUCGUCAUCGGUAUCAACACAGCAAGGAUUCGAAUCCUUCCUGUCACCGCGACUCUUGCAAUUCUCCUCUCUUCUGUUACCUCAGCCCAGUCGUUCCUGUACCUCGCCUCUCGCUCACUAAGCGCCCUGGCAGACGCUGGUCAUGCACCCACGAUGUUCAAAAAUCGAAAUAACUGGGGUGUUCCCUGGGUGGCUGUUGUCUUCACAGCAACUUUCACGUCUCUCGCCUUGUUGUCCGUCGCCACGUCCAGCUCGACCAUAACGACAUACUUUAUCCUCUUUGUGAACAGUUCCGGCUACCUUUCCUGGAUCCUUUCAAGUGUUGUAUAUCGUCGCUUCCGAGUGCGCUUGCACGCAAAUAGGAUCACCACUGCUUAUCGUCAUGCUUUCCAGCCGGUGGGUACAGCCAUGGGCUUUGGUUUCAGCAUUGUUUUACUGCUAUCCAACGGACUAAUCUCUGCCGUUCCGGCAAAUCACAAUGGGCCACGAGGCGCGAGGGUAGUAAUGGCAUAUAUUAGCAUACCUCUAUUUGGUCUUUUAUAUGUCAUUCAUCGAUUUGGAGACACGGUUCCACGUGGAAUUCCUGCUGAGGAAUGCAAUGUCAAAGAGCCACCUCGAGCACCAGAAACCAACCACUGCCCACGUACACGGAUACCAUAUGGGCGAUCGCUUCAACCACCCACAACUCUUGAGCUGGAUCAGGUCUGGGCAAUGGCCAGGGAGGUGUAA